UUCAGUAUUGUGUGAUAUUCAGCGCAAGAAUGUAUUCCGGAUCUGGACAUCCUUACUACGGACCUUACGGGCCCCCGCCCCCCGGGGGCUGGCCUCCACCGCCCCCCGGCAGUCAGCCAGCGACGUAUCCCCCGCCAUCAGAGUACGGCCAACCACCUUACCCUUACUACGUUCCUGGAACAGUGAUGAUCCCAGUGCCUAUCCCCCCGAUGCAACCACCAACAGACACCCAACCACCAACAUUUGUGACCAACUACAUUUACCACGGCGACACCACAGUCACAGCCCACGAUAAUGGAGUAACAGUAGUGGAAUCUUCUGGAGAGUUCGACUGGGUGCCUACCACCUCUACAAUGGCAAAUUCUUUGGCGGGAAGAGCAGUCGUGGGAGGACAUGAAGGUUGGGACGGGAGCCCUCUGUGGGUGAUCAGGGCGUGGCAUAACGGAGAUUUGAUGCCAGGAAAGUUGUCUGUAAGGCAUUGUGCGGCUUCAGUAGUGUACGACGGGAAGGAGGUUUCUGUGCAGAACAUUGAGGUGUUGUGUGCGCGGCCGGAGAACCUGCGCUGGGUGCCGGCAUCCAACGGGAGCGCGCCUCCCGGGGCGAUCCCUGGAGGGAGAACAAGUUCGGGAGAGACUCUGUAUAUCGGCAGAGCGAGAUACCAGCUGUCCGUGACCCCCGGGAAGGUGCACCCGAGCCACCACUCCUGCUACAUCGGUUUCGCUGGAUCCGAAGUGGCGAUCAAAAUGUAUGACGUGCUGUGCAGGGUCAGCUGAGGUGUGGACUUUGAUCGUGAUCGAUAACGGAAAUUAUGGACUGCGAAUGUAUUACAUGUGAUAAGUUAUAAGUGUCUUAUUUAUCGCCAACUACAAAAGUUUUGGCAUUCCAAGAUUUGUUGGAUGCAAAAUUGGUGAGAUAAGGAAAAUAGUUGUAUCAAUUGUGUGUCAUAAAUAUCUAAGACUGUUCAGGUUUUUCUGAGAAGUGAUAGCUAAUAAUAUAAAUUGAUAAUAAAUAUUUUUCAUAGAA